ACGACUGCCCACACCCCAUUUAUCUGUCUCGGGCUGAGCGCAGUUGCCCAGCAGGGGUGCGGCAUGCUUUUGUCCCGCAGGUCAGGCUGGGGCAAGAAAAAAGAGUGUGCGGGUGGACAACGUUUGAGAAUUGCUCAAGUGCGGAUACAUAUGGGUGACUGUUUUUCCCAAACACCUUUGUGUUAAAGUGACGUCUGAUCCCCCUUCGACUUUCCUUUAAUGAAGCCCACAGGGCAAUAAAACAUCAAAGCUCCCAGGGAUCAGCUCGCAGGUUGGCCUUUCAAAGUUUGAGAAAGCACGCUCAAAGCUGGCACUGAUUUUAACCGGUCGCUUAUUUCCUUUUUUCUUUUAUAUUUUGUCUGCCUUUGCACUCUUUGGAGCUUUUUUGGAGUGCGCAGAGCUUUUUCUUCUUGAGGGAAUAAGAACAUCUGGGUUUGCAAGAACAGGAGAAAAGUAACAACCUUUGGAGCUCUGCACGUUUCCUGUGUUUUGAGAUUUAACUCUCCUCUAUGUUUCUGUGCGUUCCUGCUGGGUUUGCAGCUCUGCUUUAGUAAUGGUUCUUAUUCAGCAGGGGGGCAGUUGAGGGUAGACCCGAGGAGCUGACAGGAUUCCUGUUUAGUCCGCACAAUCGAGGGGAACUGAGGGCCAACAGCGGAUUCAGCUUUAGCUCAGCACAUACUAGCUAGAAAUGACCGAAAGGCUUGUCUAAAGAACUACCCUUGUGCUAAAAUUCCUGUUCUUGUGCCAGCAAUCCAACUGAACUUACCGAAAAGAUGGCAGUGAUUUUUUUUAUUUUCACCUUUACCCUGAGUACCCUAUGGACACAUGCACAAGGUUUGAGUCUGGUUCAGGUAAACGCAGGCCUCCAGGUUGCCAGGGGCCGAUCUGUAUUCGUCACGCCAGGUGAACUCAAGUUCCGCUCGACGGGGGCGACUGAGGCCUGCAAGGCGGAGGUGGUGGUCACUGAGCCCGUCACACAGAGAGUGGGGAAGCUCACGCCUCAGGUCUUUGAUUGUCAGUUCUUACAAGAUGAAGUGAAGUAUGUUCACAACGGUAGCCCACUAUUAGACGAGGACACAGUUAUGCUGAGGGUCUACAGGUUUACAGACACAGUGACUGUCGUUGAGACUGUUUUGCUUAGGGUCAAGGUUGUGGAACCUAAGAGAAGCUUAAUAGAGUUCGGAAGUGUCCCUCUAGUGGUUCCUGAGUUCUACGGGCUCUCCAACACCAUUAACAGCAGUGUCCUCAGCUUUAAAACCCAGGCUGGUGUGGUCUGCACCGUCCGUCUUCUUAGCUCAGAGAUCAACGUUUCAAUGCUCGGUCAACUGGUGGUUGAGGAUCACACAAUUGUACAGGCGUCUGAGGCUGGACCAAGAAUAGGGCGGCAUACUGAAACCCCCUGUCCAGGAAACAAGGCAUGUGACCACAAAACAAGAGAAGUAGAGUUCUUGAAGACAGAUUGUGCGGCGUUUCUCACUUCAGGUCUGAAGUACCAGCACCUCAGCCCUCCAUCACCUGAGAUCGAUUAUGUCCCCAUCAGGGUGGAGUUUAGGGACCAGUCUACACGAGCUUUGCUGGAGACUGAGAAUAUCUGGUUACCAGUACUGAUUCAGGGGGCCAUGCAGAAUCAACCGCCUCAUGCUGCCUUCAUGUCGAUGUUCAUCCUGGAGGUGGAUCAGUUCAUCUUGACUCCCAUGACGACCGCUGCCCUGGAUGCCAAAGAUGAUGAGACCCCUCAGGCUCAGCUGAUCUUUAACGUGACCAAGCCACCAGCCGAAGGAUAUAUAACUAAUUUGGAUGAUCACACCAAAGUCGCCUUCUCCUUCUCAUGGCAAGAUCUGAAUGAGAUGAAGAUUGCCUAUCAGCCACCAAAUAAUAGCCAUACAACCAGGAGAAAUUAUGAGGUUGAAUUCGAAGCCAUUGACGGCUCAUUUGCGGUAAGCUCUCCAAUCCUGAUGCACAUCUCUAUCCGUACUGCAGAGACCAACUCCCCUCGAGUCUCAUGGAAUAUGGGAUUGGAUCUGUUGGAAGGCCAAUCCAGACCCAUCACUUGGGAGAACCUACAGAUUGCAGAUAAUGACAACAUAGACGCUGUGACACUCAUCGCUAUGGACGGGCCUCUGAAUGGACAUUUAAGUGUUAGAGGUGGCAAAGGUUUCAUGUUUAAGGUGAAGGAUCUUAGAGAGGGGGUCGUGGUCUAUCACCACUCUGACAGCGACACCACCAGGGACUACAUCGUCUUCCGCAUCACAGAUGGCCGCCACAGCAUCAGACACAAAUUCCCCAUCUACGUGCUUCCAAAAGACGACACCCCUCCUUUUCUCAUCAAUAACGUGGCCUUCGAGGUCCAAGAGGGCGGUUCUGUUCGGGUGGAAGAGUACAUGCUAAUGGCCUCAGACUUGGAUUCCAGCGACGACUAUAUUCAGUAUGAGCUGGUCACUUUACCCAGAGCUGGACAGCUGGUGAAAAAAACGUCUAGACAUGAACCAGGUGUCCCAGUAAAGAGUUUCUUACAGAGGGACCUGUUUCAGGGCCUCAUCCACUACAGGCAUUUAGGGGAGGAAGUGUUUGAAGACUCAUUUGAUUUCAUCCUCUCAGAUGCCCAUAUGCCUCCAAAUCUGUCCGACAGACAUACGGUGGUGAUCCAUGUGUUUCCAGUGAAAGACCAGUUGCCUGUGGAAGUUUCUGGAACGGUCCGCUCCAUCACUGUAAAAGAAACCGAGGUUGUUUACAUCACUCAGAGCCAACUACAUUUCAGAGAUACAGAGAAUCCAGAUACGGACCUCAUGUAUGUGAUCACUCGUCCCUGUUUCAGUCCGGGAAACCCUAGACUAUCAGAUGCAGGCAGGCUGUUUUAUACUGACAGCACAAAUGCGAUGAAAAAAGACGCAAUGGUUCCAGUGCUCAAGUCAUUCACCCAGCAUGCAGUGAACCAUCACAAAGUCGGUUACAUGCCUCCAAUAGAGGAUAUUGGUCCUGACCCCCUCUUUGCACAGUUUGCAUUUUCUGUAAGUGACCAGCAGGGCGGCGCUCUCACAGGGAUCACUUUCAACAUCACAGUAACACCCGUUGACAACCAAGCUCCACAACUGUUCACUAACUUGCUGAGGGUCGAGGAGGGUGGUGGUAGUUUCUUGAUGGGGGAACACCUGUUGGUGCAGGAUGUUGACAGUUCAGAAGAUCAGCUCAGGGUACACGUGAAGACUCAGCCACAGUAUGGAAGAGUGGAGAUGCAGGGCAUCACACUGAUGGAAGGAGACAGCUUUAGUCUGCAGGACCUAAAAGCAUUGAGGGUCAGAUAUAUUCAUGAUGAUUCAGAAACCUUGAAGGAUAGCAUUGGACUCACCAUCACCGAUGGAAUCAACUCUGCGAAUGGAGAGCUUUUAGUUCAGAUCUUGCCUGUGAAUGACGAACCCCCAAAAUUAGGUUCAGAUUUAAGAGCUGAACUGUCAUGCAAAGAGGGCGGUCGCGUCCAGAUUACGGUUGAGUACAUCUCUGCUACAGAUGAGGACAGCGAGGAUACUCGUCUAACAUACAUGUUGGCCCGAACACCUGCACGUGGGGUUCUACAGCGAAAUGGAGUCACUGUGGACAAGUUCUCUCAGCUGGAUGUGCUCAAUGGACUCAUCUUCUACUUGCACACAGGUGGUGAGAUUGGUCCAGAUCCUGUGUCAGACACAGUUACGCUCAUAGUGUCUGAUGGAGAGGCUGGAAUAAUGGAUGGCUGUUGUCCCGAGGAUGCUCUACCCCCACCAGUCCCCCUGCACGGGACACUUCCGGUCUAUGACCUCAACAUCACAGUGAUGCCUGUCAACAAUCAGAUCCCUGCCAUAACACUGGGUGGUAUGUUUCUGGUAGAUGAGGGUUCCAGUGCAUGUUUGUGUGGGGGGGUGUUGGAGGCCACUGAUCCUGACACUCAUCCGGAUCAACUCCUCUUUCACUUGGUUACCCCACCGCAAUAUGGAUUCCUGGAGAACGUUCUCCCGUCUCCUGGAUUUGAGAAAAGCAAUGCUGGACUCAGAGUUGUUUCUUUUAGCCAGCUUCACCUCAGCUCAGGGUUUAUCAACUACGUCCAGUCAUUAAACCACGGCGUGGAGCCUACAGCCGAUUUCUUCACAAUCAGCAUCAGUGAUGGGAUUCAGAGAUCUGCACCAUUGCCCUUCUACAUCAUCAUCAACCCUGCCAACGAUGAAGUCCCAUCACUGCUGCUCGGCAACUUCUCAGUCAUGGAAGGAGGGAUGAAGGACCUCAGUCCUGAUAUUCUAAACGCAGUGGAUGUUGAUAUCCCAGUAGAAACACUUACAAUCACCAUCCUGGUUCCCCCCGCCCAUGGAACCCUGCUCAAUGCCAUAUAUGGUCAUGAGAUGAGUCGUUACAAAAGCUUGAGCCCCGGGGACCUAAACCGAACGUUGGCGGUCCUUUCUUUUACUAUGCAGGAGCUACAACAAGGAAUGAAGAUCAUGUAUAUGCACGAUGACACGGAAACCCUCAAGGACGCUUUCACCAUACAGCUGACAGAUGGUGGGCACACAGUCCAGAGGACUGCGUGCGUUCGCAUCAUACCAGUCAAUGAUGAAAAGCCACGGCUACUAAAAAAUGCAGGUGUUGAGGUCCAAACUUUGGAGAAAAAAGUCAUCUCUAGUGUGGUGCUAGAAGCAGAGGACCACGACUCUCCAAACAACCAACUUUUCUUUAUACUCAACGCAGGUCCUAGAUUUGGCCUUCUACAACUAUUGACAGAAGAAGGAUGGAUAGAUCUGAGUCCAGGUCAGAAUUUCACCCAGGAGGAUGUGGAGAUGAACCGCCUCCGGUACACUCACACUAAAAUCGUUGGCUUCAAAGGUCACGAUAGGCUUCAAUUUGUUCUCAGUGAUGGGGAAAACACAUCACCUCCGCAGACUUUCUUCAUCUCGGUUCGCAUCGUUCAAAAAGGCGACAUCGCUCUCAUCACUAAACCUGUAACCCUGAUGGAGGGAGAGAGAGUUACCCUCACCACUGAUAUUCUGAUGGUCACAGACGGUGGAAGUGCAUCAGAUGAGCUCAUAUAUACUGUAUCGGUUCUACCUGCUCACGGACACCUGCACAUGGUCCAGACUCCUGGGGUUCCCGUGUUAUCUUUCACCCAGAUGGAUGUGGCUGCCAACCGGAUGUGCUACACACAUGACAACAGCCGCUUCGCUGACCGCGAUUCUUUCAGCUUUGUAGUCACCAAUGGCGUGACCUCCAGAAGUGGCAGCGUUCUGUUCAUCGUGGAGCACAGUGACCGUAUCCCUCCCACCCUGAACAUUAACAAAGGCCUUCAGCUCACAGAGGGCACUGUGGAGAUCAUAUCGCAUGACCACUUGAAACUGACUGAUCCAGACACGGUUCUGGACAACCUCACCUAUAUCGUUACUCAAGGCCCACAAUAUGGGAAGUUGCUCUUGAGAGGAUUUCCCCUUUCAAAGCCACGUUUCACGCAAGCGGACAUUAACAACAUGGAUCUAGCUUACCACCAUCUGAACGGGCGAGCUAAGAUUGACAGGUUCACCUUUCAACCCACUGAUGGAUCUAACACGGGUUAUUUGGAGUAUGGACAGCUGAAGAGAGAGCCUGCUGUGUUCACUAUACAGGUUGAGAUAUUGGACAAGACAUCACCCAAUAUUGUAAACAAAGGGAUUCCAAGUACUGUGCAGAGUAUUCAAGACGGCAAACAAGGCAUCUACAUCACUUCUAAAGAACUUCAAGCCACCGACCCAGACAGCCCCGACGACACACUUGAGUUCACAAUACUGAGGCCUCCACAUUUCGGUUACUUUGAGAAUGCCCUCACAGGUGCCUACAUCAAAGGGCGCUUCACGCAGAAGGAUGUGAACCAGAAGGCAGUGCGCUAUGUCGUACCUGUGGACAUGGAAGUGACAUCAGACAGCUAUGAGUUCCAAAUUACAGAUCCAGCAGGAAACACGAUGCUUCCUGAAGUGAUGGAACUCAGGUGGUCCCGUGUGGAGCUAUCUGCUUCCUGUUAUCGCGUUUGUGAGAACGCAGGCACUCUCGGUGUGCAGGUGGUACGCAGUGGGAACAGCGUAGAUCCAGCGUACGUCGGCAUACAGGUGGAAGAGGGCACGGCCAAGAUUGGGAAAGACUUUACUCACAGUUCGGCCAGUCUUAUACAGUUUGAUCCAGGUGUGCACGUCAAAAUGUGGAACAUCCACCUCAAAGAUGACGGUUUGGAGGAGAACCAUGAGAAAUUUGAGGUGAUUCUAAAAGCUCCAAAAAACACAGUUUUGGGACAAAGGAACAAGGCCACAGUUGAGAUUGUGGAUCCUAGAAACGGCAUGUGUAAUAAAGAUGAUCUUAUUGUUGAAGAAGAUGACACAGAACAUCCUUUUCUAAGACCACCAAACGUCCAAGAGCCUGAACCAGCACUGGUUGAGGAAUUCACUCCAGACCCAAGAACCAGGAUCUUCUGGGACAACUAUCCGCAGAGAGGGGACGUCCCAUAUCGUACCCACUUUAACCAUUUCGGUGAAGGAGAAGCUCGGGAACAGACUUUUCACAGUCAGAGACAGCUGAGGGUUCUGGAUAGAAACAGACACAGAGUGCCAGAGGUGGAUAACAGAAAUCAAGAAAGGGUUUGGACGUUUCAUGGGCUUUUCCCAGUGAGACAAGAGGAAAAGGCGCCCAUUCCUCGUGUCCAUUCUGAACUGGAGAUCACUCCAAUCUGGUCCUGGUCUGGAUAUUCUGCUGAUUCGGAAUCAGUCGAGACCCCUCAGAGGGACUCGGCAUCAUUUGUAAUGAAUUCAGGAGUGCAACAACACAAGUCUGAGAAGUCUGUUAGUAUUGGUUGUCCAAAUGGCUGGACUCACCAUCGGAGAAACUGCUACAUUUUGGGCCCAGGUAUUGCUAGCUGGAGCAGCGCGCAACAUGCUUGUAUGCUGCUUGAAAGUCACUUGACAGGUGUUCACUCCAAGACUGACAUGAAGUGGAUGUGGAAGUUUGCGGGAAAGCAAGCAUACUGGAUCGGACUCACAGGCAGUCAUAAAAAGUGGUCUUGGACUGAUGGCAGACCUCUGAGAUUCUCAAAACUCAAGAAGGGAGCAGGGACCAACCAUCAGGAUCCCCACAACUCGACUGCCACCUGUGUUUUGGUCCAAAGUCAGAAGAUGUGGAUCCCAAAAAGCUGUAUUGACGGAUCAGAACACAGAUACAUUUGUUCAGCACCUGCACAAAUCAGUUAAAACAUAUAUUUAAGUUAUAAUUGUCAUUUUUGUAUUGAUUUGAAAUACAUUAAAAUGUGUUACUGAAGCAAAACAAAGUUUUUUU